GAUAAUAAAUAGCCAAACAUUUUAAAAUUUUGCUUUGUGUGUUCUAUAAGAUGCCGUGGUUUAAGAAGUGGCUACAUGUUUCCAAUGAGACGCCGUGGUUUAAGAACCUGCUAUCUGUGUCCUAUGAAAUGCAGUGUUUUAAGAAUUUGCUAUCGAUUCCCAUGCGACGCCGUGGUUUUAAGUAUGCAUAAAUUAUUUUGCAUCCAGUCUGAUAAACUGACCCGUGGGAUUUGAGAAGAUAAUUAAGUGUAAGAGGAUUCGGAAAUGCCAUGUCCCAUGAGCCGCCGUGGUUUUAAAUAUGCAUAAAUUCUUUUGCCAGUCUAAUAAAUCCACCCGUUGGAUUUGAGAAGAUAAUCUACUGUAAGAGGAUUUUUCCCAUCUGCAAUGGACCGAAAAACGAAGAAUUUACUAUGGCCAGGAAAUAUUCUUCGAAUGGGACUGCUGUGGACGACGGCCCUCUUGUACUCCUAUUUCAAACUCUUUUACAAGCGCCUGUUCGGGACCCUCCGCUCUUACCCGCAUGUUCUACCUCAGUCAGAUUACAAACCAGUCUGUAUCGUAACAGGGGCAACAUCAGGUCUGGGAAAAAGCACUGCAGAGGCUCUUUCUGUUCAAGGUUAUCACGUCAUUCUAGCUGGUCGUUCAUUCCAAUGUUUAUCCAAGACAAUAGCAGAGAUUCAGCAUAGACAUGAAGGAGUAAGCUUAAAGGCAAUAGAACUUGAUUUGUGUUCACUGGAAUCAAUCUUGAAGUUUAAAGAUUCUGUUUUAGAUUGGUUGAAAGCAGCCAAUCUUCCUUCCUCCCUGCAACUAUUGGUAAACAAUGCUGGAAUUCUCGCAACAUCACAGGGGUUUACUUCUGGUGGAUAUGACAGAAUGAUGGCAAGUAAUUACUUGGGAGCAUUUAUGCUUACACACCUGCUUUUACCUCUACUCCAGUCCAGUUCCUGCCCUCCUCGGAUAGUUAAUGUGGCUUCAUUUACACACUGGUGUGUCCAGGAUAUACAAGUGAAUGAGGCAAAUCUGGCAAAAGGAGAUGUGCAGAAUUCCUCAAAUUUAAAUUGGUACCAAUUAGCCCGUAUAUAUGAAUCAACUAAACUGUAUUUAAUUCUCUUCACAUUCGAGCUUCAUCGGCAGCUUUAUAUUGGAAAUCAUUUACAUCCAAUUUCUGUCACGGCUGCUGAUCCAGGAGCUGUUGAAACACGCAUCUUGCGUGAAGUACCUAACUGGCUUUCAUUUGUGAUCUUCAAAGUGAUGAAAUACUUAUGUCUUAUGCAGUCCCCAACAAUGGGUUCCAGGGCAAUCGUUGAUGCAGCUUUAGCUCCUCCAGAAGCAUCUGGCAAGUAUUUUUUUGGAGGAGGGGGAAGAACAAUUGAGCCAUCAACCCUUUCAAAUGAUUCAGAGCUUGCACAGAAGUUAUGGAAAGCUUCUGCUUCUCUACUUCAUAUAGCAACAUGAGGCUUCUCACGGAUAGAAAUCCUUUACUGCAUAGUAGGAUGUGAAGUGUGGAGAGAUUUUUUGAAAAUGCAUUUUAUCCUUGUUUUCUAGAUGAGAUGGAAAUUGAAUUUAAAUACAACCUAUAAAAACGUUUUUUUGUAUGUAUGUAUGUUAACACGCUUGUAAAUUACAUGCACUCUUUUUAAAAGCACUCAUAGUUUUACAUUGAUGUGCUUGCUAGUUGAAAUUAUUAGAGCACAAUUUAUGAGUCAUAACAUGGCAAAUAAUUUGCACAUCAUGGCAUAGUGAAUGUAACACCCUUUUAUAAAAAAUGCUAUAAUUUCUGACAUUAAAG